AAGGGGUGUCUUUCCCUCCAAAAAUGAGUAAUCUGUUACUCCUCUUCCCUCAAUUUCCUCAAAUCUUUCCUCCAAAACAUUCAAAUACUUCAGUCUGUUGUUCUACUGAUCGAACCCAGACUUCUCAAAGUAAAAACAAUCUUCUCUUAUCAAAUUUGGUUUCGGUAGCAGUUGUUGUAAGUACUGCUUUGAAUUCUCCACUACCUUCACUAGCAAUUCCAUCAUUGAAUAAUUCUCGGAGUAAUUCCGCUGUUGUUAGUCCGACUACUCCGUUCUCACAGUCCAAAAACUUGAAGAUCGGAUUAGAAUAUGGGAAAAUUAGACCAUGUCCAUCGAUUAAUCCUAGUUGUAUAUCGUCGAAUCCUAAAUCAUCAAACUUCGCAUUUCCAUGGGUGAUUUCUAAGAAUGAAAUUGAGAAUGCAGUUCAGAAAUUGCAAGAAGCAAUAAUGGAAACACAGAAAAAUGCAAAGAUCUUAGUCAUUGAAGAUACUCUGGAUGGGAAAUACGUACAAGCCGAGAUUGAGAAUGGAGGGUUUGGUAACAAAGAUGUGGUGGAGUUUUUAGUGAAAGGAGAUGUGGUUUCAUAUAGAUGUAUGGCUCAGAAAGUAACUUAUGUGUAUCCAUUCACCACUGCCUUUGGUGAUUCAAAGGGACAAGAAGAAAGAAUGAAGAAAAUCCUCGACCAGUUGGGUUGAACAACAAGAAAAACGAAAAACAACACAAAAGGGAAAGAGAAUUAGCCCACUGGGAUGGAAUCCACUCGACAGGAAGGGGAGAAUGAAGUUACCACCAUUCACUGAUGUGAUUGGAUGCAGUGUAUUUUGCCAGAAUGUGAGCUGCUGUAAUCUUUCCUGACAAACUCGAUGGAGUACUCUUGAAUCUCGCCUACAAUAUUUCUGACACACCAAGGGACUUGCUUUAACUUCUUGGACAAAGUGAGAACCUUCGAAAAUGACUUUGUUCAGUCCCUCCAGAGCGCUUUUCAGCUUGUCAAGAGCUUACUGCAUGCAAGUUCCUGACCCUGCUUCCUUUGAAAUAACCUGCAUGAUCACAGGCAAUUAAGCCAAUCGCAGUUAUAGUAAUGUUGGAAAUGAAACAAGUGUCAC